CAACAGAUAUAUUCCGACAACAACAAACCUCGUACUUGUCUCUAACCAUGUCAUCAUCAUCAUCAUUUGCAACACCGGUUCUGAAAGAUGAACUGGAUAUCGUGAUUCCAACAAUAAGGAACCUCGAUUUCUUGGAAGAUUGGAGACCAUUCUUUCAACCAUAUCAUCUCAUCAUCAUACAAGAUGGUGACCCUUCUAAAGUCAUCAAAGUCCCUGAAGGCUAUGACUAUGAACUUUAUAACCGUAACGAUAUUAACCGUAUUUUGGGUCCUAAGGCUUCAUGUAUUUCGUUCAGAGACUCUUCAUGUCGUUGCUUUGCUUUCGCUUUAUCCAAAAAGAAAUAUAUCUUUACCAUUGAUGAUGACUGCUUUGUUGCUGAAGAUCCUUCUGGAAAAAGAAUUGAUGCUGUGCAGCAACACCUUAAGAACCUGCAGACUCCAUCAACCCCAUUUUUUUUCAACACUCUGUAUGAUCCAUAUAGAGAAGGUGCAGAUUUUGUCCGCGGAUAUCCGUUCAGUCUUCGGGAAGGUGUCCCAACAGCUGUCUCUCAUGGACUCUGGCUUAACGUUCCUGAUUAUGAUGCUCCUACUCAGCUUGUCAAGCCUCUCGAAAGAAACACUAGGUAUGUAGAUGCUGUCAUGACAAUCCCAAAAGGAACUCUCUUUCCCAUGUGUGGUAUGAAUUUGGCGUUCAACCGUGAAUUGAUUGGUCCUGCUUUGUAUUUCGGACUCAUGGGUGCUGGCCAACCUAUUAGUCGGUAUGAUGAUAUGUGGGCUGGCUGGUGUGUGAAGGUGAUAAGUGACCAUUUGGGACUAGGAGUGAAGACAGGAUUGCCUUAUCUCAGGCACAACAAAGCUAGUAACCCAUUUGUGAACCUCAAGUUAGAGUACAAAGGAAUUUUCUGGCAGGAAGAAUUGAUACCAUUUUUCCAAUCUGUUACUUUUCCAAAGGAAUGCACAACUCCUCAGCAAUGCUAUCUUGAACUCUCCAAAAUGGUUAAAGAAAAGCUUGGAUUGAUUGAUGAGUAUUUCAUCAAGCUAGCUGAUGCCAUGGUUACUUGGAUUGAAGUUUGGGAUGAGCUUAACCCAUCUGAAGAAAAAACUGUUGCAUUGAGUAUUGGUUCAGAAAAGUAGAUUCUUGAUUUGAGGUUCUAGAAUUAAGUUGUUACCCACGCACGGCAGAAGAUAUGGUUAUAGUUAUCAGUUUACUUUCUUUUGUUUGAACAAUAAGAAUGUUUGAAUGUGUGUUUAAUUGUAUUGUUUUAUACACUUUCUUUCUUCAAAUUUAAU